UUUUAUCGUACGAUCAUUGUAAUUCAAUUCCGCUACAAAUACGCGAGACAUUAGUGGAACGCUGCAUUCAGCAUUCGAGCAUUAUAUUUUCAAGUUCGCUAAUACAAUCUUCUUGAAUGCGAAUAUAUUCGAUUUAAAUAUUUUACUUUAAAUAAUUAUUUAAGAUCGCGUAGUCAUUGUGAAUGUGAUAUGUUUUUGUGAUUCUUUAUUUUUCUUUACUUAUUUAUCAGAGAAGAUGGCGGUCAAGCCUAUGUCAAUUCAGAAGGAGUACGAGAAGCAUCCGGACAUCACUCCUGAGGACAUAAAGAACCUUCGAGAAUGGCUCAACAAUCAGCCCCAUUUACCGGGAGAUUUGAUAUCAGAUGUUGAUCUGCUUAUCGCGUACCAUUGCUGUGAGAAGAGCAUGGAGGUUUCGAAGCAAGUUAUAGACUUGCACUACACUUUGAAGUCCCUCAUCUUCAGUGACCGAUUGUUUGACAAGAAAGUCGAGUUCUCAUUGGACAUUGCACUCUUCUAUCAAAUCCCAGUGUUUACAACAAGAGGUUACAGAGCGAUUUACUUGCGGCUCCUAGAUUUUAGCCCUAAGAAUUUCUUUCUAGAAGAAGUGGUAAAGAGUUUCGUCUUGAUUUACGAUCUGUGGCAGUAUGAAGAAGGAACGUGGCCUGGUUUCGUGGUGAUCAUAGAUUUGGACGGAGUUGUCCUGGGACACCUGUCGCGGCUGGAUCUAAUGAUGUUAAAGAAACUGCUGUAUUUUGUACAAGAAUGUAUGCUGAUUAAAUUAAAGGAGGUCAACUUUAUAAACGCGCCAUCCUUCAUGGAUAAACUGAUGUUAAUGCUGAAACCGUUCCUCAAUAAGCCGCUACUGGAGAUCAUCAGGAUCCAUUCGGUCGGAAGCGAAAAAAUAUACGAGACGAUACCGAAAAAAUAUUUUCCCAUCGAAUCCGGAGGGGAGUUUAAAGAUAUGAAUACUAUCAAAGAGGAAUUGUGUCAGCGGCUCAAGGCAAACCAAGAUUACUUCAUCAGAGAGAACAAGCGGAAAGUGAACGAAAGCUUGAGACCUGGGGGCAAAGCGGUCGCCGUGGAAAGCCUCUUCGGGAUCCAAGGGAGCUUCAAGAAAUUAGAUAUAGACUAAAAUUAUUUAGUAUACAGGCUUGGGACAUAGAAUGUGGCAAAAUAAACGCUAUGUGGUUUAGAGGAUUGCAUUUUAUUACCUAAAUGCGUAAAUAUAAAUUACGUAUGACUUUUAUUACGAUAAUAAAUAAGGACUGUGUCGCUAGCCCACUGAGUUUCUCGCCAGAUCUUCUCAUGUCUGAGGGUUCUAUGAGGUUUAGUGAUGUUAAUAGUAUUUUUUUUAUAUUCUUAAUUUUAAUUCGACAGAAAGUAUUGUUAACGUCAAUAAUAUAACCGUCGAGAAUAUUCCACAAAAGCUUAGUACUGUGUGUUUCCGCUAUCUGACGAUAGAUGGCGUUGUACUUUCCGAGAGCUCUAGAUGCUGCUAGAUCCUGUAAACUGUCUGUAAACUCAGUUUAACGACGAGGCUUGUGGAGAGUAUUAAGCGGUAAGCAGCGGCUUGGCUCUGCCCCUGGGUUUGCUGAAGUCCAUGGGCGAUGGUAACUACUUACCAUCAGGUGGCCUGUAUGCUCGUCUGCCUACAAGGGCAAUAAAAAAAGUCUCGACAGAGGAAUCGUAAAAUUUCAAUGUAAGGUGAUUAACGGUUUUGCUUCCAACAGAGCGGGAUGAGUAUUGAAGGGGCACGCGCAGGGUGCAAGGGAUGGUCAGGAGGAUCUUCUCCAUCACCACCACCGACAAACAGUACACGUUAAGCAUUCGGUGAUGAUCGAAAACGCACUGAAGACGAACGGCUGCUCAUUUUACAUACUGGAUCCGAUUAAACGUUUUAGUUGAUA